CGGGGAUCCCGGGCUGUCUGUCAGCCGGGCGGAGCUGUACGGAGGCUGGAUGGCCUUGGGCUUGGUGCUCAAAGUGGUGGCCGGGUUGGCGGUCGCGGCGCUGGCGGCCGUACUGCUCGAGCACUAUGGCCUUGUGGGCAUGUCCUCGCCAUGGCCCGUACGGCCCCAAGCCUCCCAGAGGCCCUUCCCGGCGCCCGGGGCCGAAGACACCAACAUCUUCUGGGGCCUGCAGAUCUCGGACCUCCACAUCAGCAAGUUCUUUGAUCCAGGCCGAGCCACAGACUUGGAGAAGUUCUGUUCAGAAACCGUCGAUGUCAUCCAGCCUGCACUCGUCUUAGCCACGGGUGACCUCACAGAUAGCUUAAGAAGUGAUCGUUGGGGAUCCAAGCAGUUUGAAGUGGAAUGGCAAACUUAUCAAAAUGUCCUGAAGAGAACUAGGGUCUUGGAAAAAACCAAGUGGCUAGAUAUCAGAGGAAAUCAUGAUUCAUUCAACAUUCCAAGUCUGGAGAGUAGCCAGAAUUAUUACAGGAGAUACUCUGCUUUACGUAGGCAUGGCUCUAUGCAUUACAUCCAUAAGACCCCAUUUGGAAACUAUUCUUUCAUCUAUGUGGAUGCAACCAUCACCCCAGGGCCCAAGAAACCCUUUAAUUUCUAUGGAAUGUUAGAUAAGAAACAAAUGAACGAACUCUUUUUACUGUCUAAGCAGAGUAGUCAUAGCAACCAUACUAUUUGGUUUGGACAUUAUACAACAUCUACUAUUGUCUCUCCAGCUCCAGGAAUACGAGCAUUAAUGAGUUCUGCCGUAGCAUAUUUCUGUGGCCAUCUCCAUUUACUUGGUGGACUGAUGCCUGUUUUGCACACUCGACAUCCAAAGGGCACUCUGGAACUAGAGCUAGGAGAUUGGAAGCAAAACAGGAGGUACCGGAUUUUUGCUUUUGAUCAUGACCUCUUUAGCUUUGCAGAUUUGGUUUUUGACAAGUGGCCAGUGGUUCUCAUCACAAACCCGAAACCAUACCUCUACAGCAGUUCUACGCAUGAGCCACUAGAGAGACUGCUCUCCUCCACACACAUCAGAAUCUUGGCCUUCUCACCAUCCUCCAUUACCUCUGUCACAGUUAAGAUUAAUGAUGUUUAUUUGGGGAAUGCUGUUCAUCUGUCUGGUCCUAUUUUCAUACUGAAGUGGAAUCCUAGAAACUAUAGUGAAGAGUCCCAUAUGAUAGAGGUAAAUGUUCAGGAUUCCACUGGAAGAAAUAAUAUUGUUAAACACAUAUUUUCUCUGAAAGGAGACAUUCAUGUCAAAUUUGACUUUAUGCCAUCAUUCAUUCUCCUAACUGAUCACUAUUUGGUGGCCCGGGUCAUUUUUGUUUUGAUUGUGAUAGUCCCACAAUUCCUCCUUGUUGCUUUCAGGCACUUCAGAAAGAUAAAACUGAAAGGAACUCCAGGAUAUAUAAGUCUGGCCAUAUUUUCCUUUAAUGUCUUGAGCAAAAUAGACGCCUUCUACUACAUUGUGUUGUUCCUGAAUUUGUAUUCAGCUUUGGGACCGUGGUUCGUUGGUGAAAUUAUCGAUGGUAAAAUGGGCUGCUGCUUUUCCUUUGGGGUAUUUGUUGAUGGGCAGUUCUUUCAAGGCAGCAUGACAUUUGUAAUUGGAAUUAUUCAGUUGUUGUCUUUUAAUAUACCCCUUUUGGUCUAUUUGUGCUGGACCUUGUUGCAGCGGUGCCAGGGUUACGUCUUUUCCACUCAUCUCAAGGGAAGAUACCACAAGAUUCUGCCUGCCCAUAUCCUCAUGCUGCUCUCCUACUUAUGCCAGCUUGGUAGCUGUUAUUUGCUCGGGAAGGCCUAUGGCACUGUGGCCGUUCUCUUCUCCCCCAUAUAUACCUGGUUGGCGCUGUUAGCCCCAAUUUUUGUUCGUUGGGCAUGGAUUCUGAGCCCUGGGGAACUCCGAGCCUUCACAGUGGAACUCAGAAGCCAUCGGAGCCCCGAGAGGCAAUGAUGGAUGUGCGGCGGGGCAGACUUUGGGCCUGCUAUUGCCGCUGCCGCCCGGGGUCCUAGCCACCCUCCGGGGAGGCCGCCCUGGGGAGCUGCGCCCGAAGCCGAUAGAAGGCCGGCUGACCCUGCUGCUGAGGGAGACGCUUGACCCUCUGUGGCCGGUGGGCUCUGUGCUGAUUCUCGGCCCCUAAUUAAUGCUGUGAUGGCCGAUCGUUGCUGCUUAUUCCCCACGAAGCAAAGGGAUGAACUGAACUUUGUGGAAUGAAAACGCUGCGCCCCGGGGGCAGCUCCCGGGUUGGAGGUCCGUUGGGACUGGGGUGCUGGGCUCCGGACCCCGAAGUUAGCCCCGCCCACCCCGGGCGCCCGCCCCGCGUGGGUUGUUGAUGGUUUAAACGAAGUUCAGGUUGUUUAGGGUCUCUGCCUCCAGUGGGGAGACGGAUCUAAACUAAUCAAAUAAAUGGAUGAACAUUU